CUCUUCGUGCCACAUUAGCAUUCAUCAUGGACUAGGACAGAGACCCAUUGAGCAGAAAUGGGAGUUACCGAUUCCUUGUGACCCCACAUGAAAUCCUUUCCUCCCAACCUACAGUUGAGCUUCUGGCAAAGUCAGAAUACCACAAUGUGAGGUGAACAUGCUUCAACAUGACAGCAUAUAUCCUGUGGACUGUGUUUACAUGGACAUUCAAGGGGAUACUGUGCACCUGCCGGUUCCUUUGGAUAUGCCCAUACAACGCAAUCAAAUUCCUGCCAAGGAAACGGCACAUUACAGAGGACACACGUCGACAGCUGAAACAGCUUGUGGGUUCUGAAAGUAAAGUGAUCACAGCCAUACCUGGCAGCCCUGACCGUGCAACUUCCCUUCAUAAAAGACUGACCAAAACCGAGAAAGAGAUACUGUCACUCAAGACCAGGGUUGCCUGUGAUAAAGUAUCAUGUGAAAGGAGGUUUGUGGAACUGCAAAGAGAACAGGAAGAGCUACGUAAUCAGGUUGAAGUGUUGGUGAAAGUGGGCAGUUGUGAUGAGCAGGGAGAGUCAGGAGUGGACAAUGGAGAAGCAUUGGAGGAGUGUUCAAGCGGUCUCUCAAGAAUGAUGCACCAACACAGAGGGUUUGAUGCGUCUUCAAGGGGCGACAUUUAUGCAAGCAGUUUGUCAGGCAGCCAGUUAUCCACAUCAUCAUCAGCACUGAGCUUGAGACCUUCCUCUUCCUCAUCUUCAGCCACCAGUGUAAGGUCAUGGAGGACGUCCACAGGUCCUCACCGGGCUUUUGUACCUCACUCCCCCAUGGACCUGGAGCUGGGUCACCGGGUCAGGAUCAUGCUGCCAUCUGGACGGAUCAGCACGGGAACGAUUCGUUUCCUGGGCCACCUGCAGGGGGAGGCAGAUAUCCACCUUGGGGUGGAGCUGCAGACACCUGAUCAUGGAUUACAUGAUGGCAGUCACAGGGGACUCAGCUACUUUGAAUGCAAGCCUGGCUAUGGUGCCUUUGUACCAUUCCACAAACUACUGAUGGCCUGGGAGUGACAGAAGUACAGACUGCUGAUGCAGAGCUGCCCAUCUGGAUGCGUUGAAGGAGGGCCAACAUAAUGUAGAACAUCCAUGGAUUUGAUAACUUAUCAUAAUGUCAUAAAUCUUUGUAUCAAAGUAUAUACUUAAAAGGUGUGUAUUGUCUUGUCCUGUUAUUCACAAUAAAAAUAUUAAUUUCAACAAA